AAACAUGUUCAAAUGGUCUCUUUUUUCUUUGAGUAAACGGAAAUCUCUUCAAUAGAAACGAAGCUUAUAUUUCUAAGGUAAUUUGGGAAUGGCAGCGACGCUGGGCUGUGGUGGAUAUGUGGUUGGUACUGUCGUCACUGGUUCUCUCCGCUCCUUUCCGACCAAAAGAGUCUUUCCCUGCAAAUCGCUGCCUCUACGAAAUGGCUUCUGGACUCUCCACAACCGUAAUCCACUCUCCACUUUUUCAAUUACUGCACUUCCCUUCGAUCUCUCCCCUCCGCCCAUUGAUCAUGACCUCCUUGAUACUUUGGCAGUUGCUGGAGCAAACCUGUCAGGGAGUAGAACUGUUGAGACUUUUCAUAAUGAUGAUGAAGCUUUGGAUGCAGUUGAUAAUGGAGUAGCGGUGCGUACUUUCUACUUCCAACUUCUAAAUUUGGUUUCUCCUUCAUUUCUUGUUGGUGUCUGUCUUUAGUAUUUCUUUGUUAUAUGGGAAAUUCAAAAUAGGAAAAAUAAGAAACAGAAUAGGAAAAUAGAUAGGAAAUAGUUAAGAAGCGGAUACUUAGGAAAAUUGUAAUGAUUC